GGCUUUUUUAUGUGCAGUUUGUUUUUCCUCUAGCCUGUGCUGAAUUGAAAGAUAAAUUAUAUAGCAUCCGUUUUCAUACUUCAUUCUUCACAUUUCUGCCCUAAGUCCUCUGACCUUUUUCAGAAUGGGUUGGAUUGCCUAUUUUCUGGUGUCACACAACACCUGGUGCUCUUACGGUGUGAUCCUCAUCACACUGCUUUGUUUGGAUCUCUUUGUCUUUCCUGGUAAAGAGUGAGGUCCUCGGAAGACAGGGCCUGGUCUUUCCUCUGUAUCUUCAGCACCUAGCAUACGUCUCAGCACAGGGCCCUUGGGAACUCCUGUCUUCAUUUCAUGUUACGUGUUAAUUAUCAUUAAGGGUAGCAGAAUCAGAAAGUAUAUUUGGAAUUUAGCAGUCAGUAAAGAGCUUUGCUUCUUACGGCUUUAGAGGACCUGAAUUGGAGGUGGGGAUGAAGUCAACAGUUCUGCCCGUAUCAAUGAAAGAAGGUUCUAAGUGAAAUGCAGGGUUGAACAAGCAGAAAAACAUCCCAGUGCUCUUUAAAUGUGGUUGCACAGUAGGGAUCCUUCUCUAGGAGAUAAUGAGAAGAUGUUGUCAGAUCUGCUUUGAAUCAGAUGUUUAUUUACUUUUAUUCUUUCUUAAGGAAUUUAUGAAAUCACUGCACUCUCAUCAAUUUGCUCUCCUUCUCUAAACUCGUAAUGAUAUUUCUCAUGACAGAUUAAAAACAGAAUUUUGGAAGCCUUAGUCACAUGCCAAAUAAGGUUUCUUACCUGAGAGAGUUAUCCACAGUUUCAGAUGCCAAAGGGAAACUCAGAAAGCCAGAAGAGCGAUUGAAACCGCAAAUUGAAUGCCAACAGCAACUUUGAUAUCAGAAGCCCCAUUUGCCUGUUGUCACCAGUCCCACUGAGUGAAGAUAGAAUGACUUAUAUCUUCUACCAAAACAAUAGAAGGAGAGUGUUCCUUGGCGUUGGGGAUGAUGAUUAUAAAAGCCACCAAUUUAAAGGCUCUUCUGUGCCAGCCGCUUUUUGUGCAUUCUCUCGCAUCCCCACAAGAUCUUGCAAGAAAUAGAAAAGUUUCAAAAAGGAGAAGGCAAGGAUGAAGAAAAGUACAUCGAUGUGGUGAUUAAUAAGAACAUGAAACUGGGACAGAAAGUGUUAAUUCCUGUAAAACAGUUCCCUAAGUUCAACUUUGUGGGGAAACUUUUGGGUCCACGUGGGAAUUCUCUGAAGCGUUUACAAGAAGAAACCUUGACAAAAAUGUCCAUCCUUGGGAAAGGUUCCAUGAGAGACAAGGCCAAGGAAGAAGAGUUGAGGAAAAGUGGAGAAGCGAAGUACUUGCAUCUCAAUGAUGAUCUCCAUGUUCUCAUUGAAGUGUUUGCCCCACCUGCAGAAGCUUAUGCCAGAAUGGGACAUGCUUUGGAAGAAAUCAAAAAGUUCCUCAUCCCUGAUUAUAAUGAUGAGAUCAGGCAAGCACAGCUCCAGGAAUUAACAUAUUUGAAUGGUGGUUCAGAAAAUGCAGAUGUUCCAGUGGUUCGAGGGAAACCCACCUUGCGUACAAGAGGUGUACCAGCCCCCGCAAUAACCAGGGGAAGGGGAGGAGUUACAGCCCGGCCAGUUGGAGUUGUAGUACCACGAGGGACGCCAACUCCCAGAGGAGUCCUGUCCACCCGAGGGCCAGUGAGUCGAGGAAGAGGACUUCUCACUCCCAGAGCAAGAGGAGUCCCCCCAACUGGGUACAGACCUCCACCGCCACCCCCAGCACAAGAGACUUACGGAGAAUAUGACUAUGAUGAUGGAUAUGGCACUGCUUAUGAUGAACAGAGUUAUGAUUCCUAUGAUAACAGCUAUAGCACCCCAGCCCAAAGUGGUGCUGAUUACUAUGACUACGGACAUGGACUCAGUGAGGAGACUUAUGAUUCCUACGGGCAAGAAGAGUGGACUAACUCAAGACACAAGGCACCUUCAGCGAGGACAGCAAAGGGCGUCUACAGAGACCAGCCAUAUGGCAGAUACUGAUUGUACUGUCUGAUGUUGUGAAAUAGCCAAUCUCCACCAGUCCUGUAUACUGUUCAAAGUAAUUUUUUUCUAUGAACAAUCCCUUUUUAAAUAAAUCAAAAUGCUUAAAAUCUGAAUGGAUGGAACUUAAAACUACUUUGUUGAAACAUCAACCUGGGCAGAAAAAAAAAAAAAAGACAUGUAAAAUUUUGUUAUUUCCAGUCUGUAUAUGAAAAAAUAGGUCAUCAAAAGAAAAAAAAUAACUUUGAUUAACUAGUGUUAAACAAAAAAUAGGUUUACUAAAUAUGUUAAUCUAUUCUUUUAACAUAAGCCUCACCUUUCAUUUUAAAGGUUUCCAUAGAAUUUAGUUAUUUUAUCUUUCAGCCAUAUGCUAGUUUUUUUUCUCUUGCCAACAUGCGUAAAAAGGGAAGCCAAUUACAAGUGCAAAUAAUGUGGUAUUCUUUUGUAACUCAAGUCUUGAAAUGUUCUGUAGUGUUAAGCAAAGUCUCCUCUUGCUUGAUACUAAAUAAACUUUUGAAAGAAAUUUUGUGUGUGUGAGCUAACAAUUUCAUGGGUUUUUUUUUUUUUAAUUUAAAAAGGCCUUCAUAAAUAGUUGUAAACAGGGAAAGAAUUCAUUUAACAAUGCUUGUCAUAAAAGGGUCACACUAAACAUUGUACAACUUAUUUUAAAAAUGGUAUAAAAUUAAAUGUACCAUUAUAUACUCACCAUAGAUUUAAAUGCUGUUUAAAGAGUCCAAAUGGUAUCGAGCUGCUUGAGUGGCACGUUAAACUACGCAAAACCAAAUCUUGUUUAAAAACUGGUUUUAAAAUAACUACUGGAUUUUCUGAAAAAGAUGUGAUCAGUUUUCAUCUUGUUGAGCGUUUUUUCACUAGUGCAACUUUGGAUUUUUUAUGAGAAUUUUGGUACCUUAAUGAACACCUCGCUCCAUGCUGGAAGCACUAAGCACAAAGCUUUUAAAGACUUUCUGGCUUGACUAAUUGAGGUCGCACUCGCCAAGGCUGAGGAUGUGUAACCCUUAAACGGUCUUCAUUUUCAAAGGAAAUGUCAGCCAUCUUGGAAUGUCACAGGAACUGGUUGAACACCUGAAGCAAACAAAGGAACUUUCCUUCUAUUUAUGGACUGCUUAAGAAUAGUCAACUCACCAACGUGCCUAGUCAGUAAAUGAAUCCACUUGGGAACUUGAAAAACAUCUUAAUUAAUUUUUUGUUUGCAUAAUUUUGUGUUCUGUGACAUGUUUUUAUUAUAUGGUAUGCUUUUAAUUUGGAGAACCUACUUUUUUAAAAAACGGAAAGAAAAUCUAUCUUAUUUUGUUGUCUCCCAAUAACAAAAAGAGAAUGAUUUGUAUAGUAGUUAAUAAAGGCUGCCUAUUGAAAUCUCUUCUACUUUAAACCUA